UUUAGCUAAUCGGGGCCCUGUUCUCCCUCUCGAUACCUGCAUUUUCCGGAUCUUUCAAGUGACCAUAAACGCCACAUCUGUUCUGCACUGUAAACAUCCCCACAGUACCACAGAUUAACCGGAUUAUCCUGCCAUACACUGCCUUUUCAUGCAACCUUGGAAUAGCAAAAGGCCAUGGAUUUCCCAGGCCAUUUUGAGCAGAUCUUCCAGCAGCUGAACUAUCAGCGUGUCCAUGGUCAGCUUUGCGACUGUGUCAUCGUGGUAGGCAGCCGACACUUUAAAGCCCACCGCUCCGUGCUGGCGGCCUGCAGCACCCACUUCAGAGCGCUGUUCACUGUCGCAGAGGGAGAUGCUAGCAUGAACAUGAUCCAGCUGGACAGCGAGGUGGUGACGGCCGAGGCCUUCGCUGCUCUCGUGGACAUGAUGUACACGUCAACACUGAUGCUCGGCGAGAGUAAUGUCAUGGAUGUUCUCCUCGCAGCUUCGCAUCUGCACCUCAACAAUGUGGUCAAGGCUUGCAAACACUACCUGACGACGCGCACGCUGCCCAUGUCCCCCUCAUCCGACAGAGCUGCCCAUCACCACCCACAGCAGGAGCAGCAGAGGCACAGACAGCAGCAGCAUCAGCAAGUAGCUGAUUUAGCAGUGAACCCGAUGUUAGCAGCUAAUGCUAACCUUGCAGCAAAUGCUGCCACUUCAAAGCUGCAGCGCUCCUUCUUACUGCAGCAGCUGGGGCUCAGCUUGGUGAGCUCUGCUUUGGGUGGGAUGGAAGACGACCGGGCAGGAAAUGUAGUUGGCAGUAGGGUGGUUGACCAGAGGGCCUCCUUCCCAAUCCGACGCUUCCACAAACGGAAGCCCUCUCUGGCGCUGGGGAUUUCAGAGGAGAGACCCAGACAGAGACAGCGUCCUUUGGCGCCUAACCUCGGGUUGUUAGGAGAAGAAGGGGUGAACGCAGAGCGGGAGGAGGGAGCACUUCUCUCCCCAGAUUCCCACAAGAUGGGGGACAAAUCUAAACUUGACCCUCCAAUCACUGGGUUAGCAGCUGCGUCCCAAGAUGACCCUCAGAUGCCGAGUCAGUCAGAUAGUGGACGCUGCGAGGAGGAGAACUUGGGGAGAAUUCAAGGAGUAAACAAAGAAGAGGACAUGGAUGACCAGGAUCAGCAGGACAGCAGAGCAGGGGUGAAAAUAAAAUCAGGAACAGAGGAGGAGGAGAACGAAGAAGAGGAGCAAAAGGUGGUUGUUAAACGUGAGCCGCUAAGUUCGCCCGAGCCAGCUGAUGAAAUUAGCGACGUCACAUCGCAGGCCGAAGGCAGUGAUCGCCCCGAGCCUGGGUGCCAGGAGGACGAAGAGAAGGUGGAGCUGAGCCCAGAAAGCAGCGACCGCAGCUUCACUUCUGAACCCCAGCCCAGCUCCGACUCUCUUCUCCAGCCCAGCUCUCAGCUCAUCCUCAAGGGCAGUAUAGGAGGAGGAGGUGCGAACGGAGGUUUUGGGUGUAAUAAUGGACUGAGUGGCAAACCUGGUUUCAGCAUUUCCAGCUUCCUCAGCCAAAAGGAUUUUGCGACUGGCAGCUCGGGGAUGGUUGCUGGAGAGGACGACCUUCCGAACACAACAACUGGGGAUGCAGUAGCACAUCGCUUUCUGCUGAGGCAGGAAGCUGCUGGGACUUCGAGCUCUGCUUCUUCCUCUCUUUUGCAAUCAGGCCCACUCAGUGGUGAGAGUAGAAGCAGUUUUGGAGAUAAUCUGCAAGCCGAUUCUCUGUUCCUCCGCCCCCUGCAUGAUGGUUUAGGAAGCCCCAGAGGAAAUGGGGGAAAUUCAAGAGGAGGACGUGGAGGAGUGGAUCCUUUUGAUUUAGAAUUCCAGCGCUCAAGUUUGGGGCUUCAUUCACUGGGACGGCCCUCAAGAGAGACAGGAGGAGCCAGCGGCACAGGUCUGAGUUAUCCAGGCUACAGACGCAUUGCUCCAAAAAUGACCACUGGCAUGGGAGGAGAAGAGGCAGUCGGGGGGAUUCUUCAGGAUGCUGCCUCUUCUUCCUCAAGUCUAGCGGGUCCCCUGCUCCUCAAUGAGAACGGGGGGUAUGAGAUGAGUGGCAACAGGCCCACCUCCCUCCCCCCUCAGCUCACCCGGGCCUCAGCAGACGUUCUGUCCAAGUGCAAAAAGGCUCUCUCAGAGCACAAUGUCCUAGUGGUUGAAGGGGCACGAAAAUACGCCUGCAAAAUCUGCUGCAAAACCUUCCUCACCCUGACUGACUGCAAGAAACACAUCCGUGUCCACACGGGAGAGAAACCCUACGCAUGUCUGAAGUGUGGAAAACGCUUCAGCCAGUCGUCACACCUAUACAAGCAUUCCAAGACCACCUGUCUGCGCUGGCAGAACAGUAACAUGUCCAAUGGCUUGCUGUAGGAGCAGAGUGUGGAGAUUAAAACACUAGGAAUCAGUGUAGCUGCCUUUAAAGUCACAAAGCUGUUAUAAAAAUGUUUCUGAAGCUCUGACUGAACGGCCAGUUUUGUUAUCCGCUCUGUCUAAACUAACUGAUCCUGAUCACAGACCAAAGAUGGGGAUGAAAAUGUAACUUAAUAUAAAUAUAUAACGUGAUCUUCUCCAGGACCAGUUGAUAAAGUUUCUGUUAAAAAAUUAACCCCAUAGAAAGAUUUUAGGGAUGUAGGACAUGCAAAAUUAGCAUAUUUAUUUAUGUUAAUUAAUUGCAAAGUGUCAAAGUGCACCCUUUAAACUUUACUGUAUUAGAGCCUGACUGAUUUGUCUGCAGGCCGAUAUAUCAGCAAAUUACCAUUUGGCAUUGAUAAUGGCCAAUAUAUGAAAAUUAAAAAAGGAAAAAAACAUAUUUUAACAAUUUUGUGAGCAUAACACAGCAUAAAAGAUGGACAUAGCUGCUGUGACAUCACCCUUUGGUUUGUGAACUCCCAUUAUGAAACUUCAAGAUGAGCAUGAGGUGAUCCUUUAGUGGCGAUUCAUUGUUAGUGGUACACUUGGAAUUAAAUUAGAUUCAGUCAUUGCAACACUCAGAGGCAGCUGUGCAACAUCAGCACUAAAGACUGACAUCAUGUAAAAUAUUGUAUUUAAAUUCAUAUUCAGUGCAUAAUUGUAAAAACAUGUAGCAGCUGACAUUAUUGACUGUGCCUUGUUCUGUGCACGGGCAGUCACAUCCAUUCACAUUCAUCCACGUUGGUCGCCAUUAUGCGUGUAAGUGCUAAAAUCUAAUGGUUUAUUAGAUGCAAGCAAAAACGGUGGAGAUAAUCCAGUGUGUGGGAGAGACCUGGGUAAUGCUGAAAUCUGUAGCAUUUUAACAGUUUAACCAGCUGAGAAGGCGACAGAGUAUGUAGUGUUGUAACAGUGUUUUUAUUCUGUCAUGCGGUGAAAUGUCAUCAGUACUUUGUUAAUUAAUAGUCAUCAUGAGGAAUCGAGCAGUGGACUAAUUCAAGUCAAAUUAACGUGACAUGAUCGUCGUCUGUGGUUGAUUUUCAGUUUGUUGCUGAGCUCAUUUUAAUGUUGAAAAUAUUUUUGGUUAAAGGCCAAAUAAUUCAAAAUGUACUCAUGGAGGCCUUCAUGUGGCAUAUGUCUGCAAGAGUAACAGCCUCACUUUAAAACAUUUAUACUUGUAGGGGGAAAAUUAUGAAUUAGCCUGAUUACCCUUCCACCACAACUGUUUACCUUAGAGUGAAGUUUCAUUGUUUACUGAAGUAAAACUAUUACGGCAAUCAGGAGAAAGGUUUAAAAAAACAAAAGCAUUUUUCUGUCUAAUUUCAUAAAACAGUGUACUGUGAUUGUAAAAGAUAUGGCACUACAUGACUUUCAGCCAUAGCUCCUCGGUGUUGUGCGUUUAUUGAAAGAACGGCGAAGUUUCAGUGACGAGUUCAGCAUGUGUUGGAGGGAAAAAAAUAUUUAGACAUGUAAAUACUGUAUUGCACAUUUCUGGUAAGUCUUUUGGAGAGGAGACAAAACAACUCCUAAAGAUGUAAACAUUGCGUGUCUGUUUGCUACUGUACUUGAUAUGAGUGCUUUAUACGUGUCUCUUUACAUAUAAUGUUGCGCCUGAUACAAAAACACUGAGACAAAUCAGUCUUUUUUUUACAGCUAAUAAUGUUUACUGGAACGUUGAACUAUGUGA